CUCACGAGCCAACACGAAUGCAGAGGUCACAGAACGGUUCACGCCAGGAGACGCACUGACUGAUCCGUUGAUCCACAGGAAGGCAGUUCACUCAUUGACUCGUUCGCGAACGGGAAAGCCAGGAUUCGUUCCCUCACUGAUCCGUUCUCACGGUGAACUGGAAAGGCGAUUCACUCAACACCAGACCAUGGCGACUUUUCUGAGGGGGAUCAUCAAUUUCUCUAAGCAGUGGUUUGCAUUAACAGUUGACACUGAAAGGUGUAGGAGAAUUAUCCAUUUGUCACCUUCAAGACUGGAAGACCACCACUCUGAUGACAAAACUGAAUUGUCAGAGGCAGCUUAUGAGAAGCUGGCUGAUGAGACGCUUUAUGCGCUGGCUGAUUACUUUGAAGACUUAAUGGAUGAACCUUUCACUGGACCAGAGUAUGAUGUUGUGCUCUCUAGCGGUGUGCUGACAGUCAAGUUGGAUGGUCACCAUGGAACCUACGUGAUCAACAAGCAAACGUCAAACAGACAGAUUUGGUUGGCUUCUCCAACAAGUGGACCAAAACGCUACAAUUGGACAGGAAGUGGUUGGGUCUAUACUCAUGAUGGCAUCAGCCUGCACCAACUCCUUUCUGAAGAGUUUUCUGCCAUCUUCAAAAAGAACAUGGACCUCUUUGGCCUGCCCAAGUCCUGAUAUGUCAAGCCUUAUUCUGUUCUGCUAUGAGUUCUAUGGAUAACAGAAUUAAUAUAAACCUUUAUUUGACCACCUGUU